AUGGUGUCCAUUCCACGGAAAAUUGCCCGACUCUUGGCAUUUGCGCUGAUCGUUUCAACGAUAAUACUCGUGGGAGUCAACUCUGGAGGCUGGAAUCUUCAAGCUGGCUCGAACUCGCGAGUCUCUGGAGACAGAAAACUGGUCUUCUCGCACAAGAGUGCCAAGACGCCCCAGCAGAUAGUGGAAGAAAAUUACAAAACGUUACAGGAGAUAUUGAAGAGACCGAUCCACGAACCUAAGACAGGGAAUCUUGUGCGACCCCCCUCUGAUCCAGAUCAGUACGAUCGCGCCAAUGCCACUAUGCUGGUAUUGGUGAGGAACCGAGAACUAGGCCAGGUUGUGCGAACAAUCAAGCAAAUAGAGGCAAAGUUCAACCGAAAGUUUCAUUACCCUUACGUUUUCCUCAAUGAAGAGCCAUUUACGGAAAGAUUCAAGGAAACUAUCAAAAAGCAUGUUUCAGGUAAAACGUACUUCGAAAGCAUAGAUAAAGCGAUCUGGGAGCAACCAGAAUCGAUAAAUGUACAGCGACAGGACGAGGCAAUGCAGCAGCUGGAAGCCGAGAACGUUGGAUAUGCUAAAUUGGUGUCCUAUCACAACAUGUGUCGAUACUAUAGUGUGAACUUCUAUAACCAUCCUCGAUUACAACAGUUCCGCUACUAUUGGCGUUUUGAGCCGGGCACCGAUUAUUACUGCGAUCUUGACUACGAUGUGUUCAAGUUUAUGGAGAUGAACAAGAAAACCUACGGUUUCGUGAUAGCGUUAUACGACGUUGAACAAUCUGUCAAAACGCUGUGGCCAAGAACAAUGGAAUUCUUGGCUGAACAUCCCGACUAUCUACAUCCAAACGGAGCCUACGAUUUCCUGCUAGAAAACCUGCAAAAUCCUCACAAGACGCUCAUCGCCAAUGGGUACUCUACGUGCCAUUUUUGGUCCAAUUUCGAGAUAGCAGACAUGGACUUCUACAGAAGUAAGCCGUACUCCGACUGGGUCAACUUUUUGGACUCCACAGGAGGCUUCUACUAUGAGCGCUGGGGAGACGCCCCCGUCCAUUCUGUGGGCAUUGGCCUGUUUGAGGAUCGCGACAAGAUCCAUUGGUUUAGAGACAUAGGCUACAAGCAUCAGCCGUACACUCUGUGCAGCAAUUGUCCGUCGUGUAAAGGAUGCAAGACUGCAGACUUUACCUACAAGCAUCUGCGGGAUCAAAACUGUCUGACCAACUGGUGGAACUACGAAAUGUCUGAGGAGCAGAAGAAUAUAUAUUAA